UGCAUUCAGAAAUUCGAUAAAGAUUCUUGGUCAAAAGGUCAGUAUAGUGUCAAGGGAUUUCCCAUGGCAUUAUAUAUAUGGGCCUUGAGUGCUGUUCCAAUUUUUGGUGAUACAUUUGCGAGAAGAUGUAAUUUUUCCAGAACAUUUUAUCCACUGAUUCUCAACUGGCAAUCAAGUCGAUAUACAAAGUUUGAUGAUAUUGUUGAAGCUAUUAAGAAAGCAACUUGUGUUGAAGUCAAAACAAUAAUUGGAGAUCCACAAGAAUAUAAGCAUUUGGUUGAUAAAGAUGACAAUGAUUUUGAAGAAGUUAUUGGCUUGGUUAUGAAAGGCUAUAGGUUGAAGAAAGAAGAAUGGUCUUCUAGAUUAGUUGAUAUUUACUAUGCUUUGGGAGAGUUGGGUGACAAAAUGGGGGAAAAAUUGCCAGUCUUUGAGAAACAAGAGAAAAUGGAGAAAAAUUUGUCAGAUUCAGAAAAACUUGACAUAAUCCUCUUUAUGUUAGAUGACUUCAACAAAAGACUAGAAGCCAUUGAAGAAGCUGUCAAAACCACAUCAGGGGAAGAUAAGGAUAAAGGAUCUCACGAAGAUGAAGAUGGACAGAAUAGAAAUGAAGAGGUUAUAAAUGAAGAGGCUGGCAAACAAAAUGUUGAUGGAGAUAUUGCUAGAGAAGAUUUCGUAGAAAGCCAGUCUGCAGAUUCUGUCCGUCCGUCAAACACACAAGAUGGGAGCUACGCUGCAGAUGAUGAAAACACUCAAAAAACUGGUGGUGAUGAUGGUAAUUACUUUGAAGAAACACCAAAGGAUAAAUCUCCUUCUCCACGCCCUUCUACACCAAAAUUUGAUCUUCUUUCUGAAGAAGAUGAGGUUAGUGAAAAAGAUAAAAGCAUGGAUAAAGAGAAGGGAGCAAGCAGUAAGAAGAGAGGUUUGAGAGAGAGAAAACAGAGAAAGUGUAAGCAAAGCAAUGAUGGUGAUGAUGAUGUUAUGAACAGAAAAGAGAGGAAGAAGCGUAAACCAAGUGACAAUCUAGAUGCUGAUAUUCAAGCUAGAGAAGGGCCACAGAAAAAGAAGAGUAAAUCUGAUGAUGUUGGUGGUGUGCAAAGAAAAAGUGAACGAAAUACAAUUCCUUCUAUUCACACUCAGCCGCCUUACACGGCCGAGAAGAAGAAGGACCCAAUACUUUAUCCUUUUUCCAAAGUUGAUAAGACCCGGUUAGAAGUAUUUAGUGACUGGAAGAAUUCAAGGAAAACAAAGCAACUAACAAUUCUGGGUAAAAAAGUUGAUGCUAAGUGGUUCACAACACUAGAGAUGCCAGGGAAGUCGUUAACAACAAUGCAUGUUGAUACAGUUGUGAAGUUGUUAAGCAGAAGAGAAGAAAGUCAUCCGCACUUCUAUAAAAGCAAAUCAUUGACGUUGGCUGAAACUUCUUUUUUGAGAGAGAUUGAUGAAUAUUACUCAAUAUUCGUUGACAACAAAGAUGAAUAUGAGUUCCCUAAAGAAGGAUUCAGUCAACUCUUCAAAGAAGCACCUACAAACAAAAUACUGGCGCCAAUGUUGGUUAAGGAAAGGCUUUGGAUGCCAUUGAUGAUCAAUUUGGAGAAGAAGGAGUUGAUUAUCUACGACUUGGGCAAGCAUUUCUACACCAACAAAAUUAAAGACAAACAGGUGGGUGCAUAUGCUGUUGCAAUGCCUUAUAUUGCCCAGAAGAAGUUUGGGAUGAAAAAUGAUACAGAGAAAUCUCCGUUCAGAAUCAGUAUUAUAAAUUGCAUACCUCAGGUUGAUAAGAUUGAAGAUAGUGGUGUCUUCAUGCUGAAGACAAUCGAAUGUUUGGCUAUGAGCAUAACAACACAUGGCAAUCUUAAAAAUGAGUCAAUUGGUGAUUUACGGAAGAAAAUGGCGGUUGAUAUCUUUGCAGAAUUACAAAAUGACUAGGAUAAUGGAAGUUUGCAUCUUGCUGGUAUAUGAACGUGAUCGCAGGAAUGGUGCUUUAGAUUAUUGC